CGUGGCCGACUUUCCCUCCACUUUUCUCCCACUUUCCUCUUCUUUCUUCUUCCCUCCGUCACAAUUGCGCCACCAUCUCAAUCCCAACCGUGUGUUCUCACACUCCGGCAAACUCUUCUAAAACCAUCUGCGUUCGUCGGGUCGUUGCUAAUUUUCUGUUGCUUUGCUUCGAUUUAAGUGAUAUAGUAUAGCUUUGGCGAUUCAGUGAUUCAUGGUUAUCGGCAAUCAUGAGUUGUGUUAUGCCCAUGUUGAGGUUUGGGCACUGAAACUAUCUCUACCUAUAAAUGGUUUUGCUAUCUUCUUCUGCGAGUUUCACCUUGUCGCAGAUUGGUUACCCUCUUUACCUCUGCCCAUGUAGUAAUCUGGCCGGAAUCACUGCUCAUAACUCUGGGAGGAGGAGGAGGAAGAAACCCAUCACCUUCUCUUACCGGGGUUUCAGAAGGAGGUUUUGUUUUCUUGCUUGUUCGAUUCGUUCGGAUGCUUCGGACCGUAAAUUGAGUGUAGAGUUUGUUAAUUCUGCUAGACUUGGGGCGAAGAAUUUUGUAGCAAAGGGAUUUUCCAAUGAGUUUGCGGAUAGGGAAGAAUUGUCCCAGGAACCUUCGAUCCAAAUGGGGUCGAAUUUCACGAAUUUUCAAGAAGACCCAAUUGUGAACAAGUUGAGGACUCAGUUAGGAGUGAUACACCCAAUCCCUUCGCCUCCCAUUAAUCGAAACAUAGCGGGGUUAUUCGUGUUCUUCUUCUUUGUUGGAGUUGUUUUCGAUAAGAUAUGGACCUCGAGAAAGAGGAGCACAAUGAGCGGUGAAGAUGUACUCCGAAAAGGAGGAGGGGCGUGGCCGCAAGUGCCCACUAGCUUUUCUUUGUUCUUGGAGAAGGAUUUGCAGAGGAAAGAAUCGGUGGAGUGGGUGAACAUGGUGUUGGGGAAGUUAUGGAAGGUGUACAGGGAAGGUUUAGAGAAUUGGAUUAUUGGGCUAUUGCAGCCUGUCAUUGAUGAUCUGAAGAAGCCUGACUACGUACAGAGGGUUGAAAUAAAGCAGUUUUCCCUGGGAGAGGAGCCUUUGUCUGUUAGGAAUGUUGAGCGCAGAACUUCUCGACGUGUCAAUGAUUUGCAGUACCAAAUAGGGCUUCGUUAUACUGGUGGUGCACGCAUGCUGUUGAUGCUUUCACUAAAAUUUGGCAUCCUUCCUAUUAUGGUGCCAGUUGGUGUUCGAGAUUUGGAUAUUGAUGGAGAACUUUGGGUCAAAUUGAGAUUAAUACCAACAGAACCCUGGGUUGGUGCUGUUUCAUGGGCUUUUGUUUCACUUCCAAAGAUAAAGUUUGAAUUGUCACCAUUUCGUUUAUUUAAUCUUAUGGCUAUUCCUGUUCUCUCACAGUUUUUGACAAAACUUUUAACGGAGGAUUUGCCUCAGUUAUUUGUACGUCCAAAGAAGAUUGUUCUGGAUUUCCAGAAAGGAAAAGCUGUUGGCCCUCUUGCAAAUGAUUUUGAAUCAGGUGAAAUACAAGAAGAGAAAAACAAAGAUUAUGUUGGAGAACUGUCAGUGACUCUUGUAGAUGCUCGGAAACUAUCAUAUCUUUUCUCUGGUAAAACCGAUCCCUUUGUUGUUCUAAGCUUAGGGGAUCAAAUUAUACGCAGUAAAAAAAACAGUCAAACUACUGUUAUUGGGCCACCUGGUGAGCCAAUUUGGAAUCAGGAUUUUCACAUGCUUGUGGCAAACCCUAGAAAAGAAAAAUUAAGCGUCCAAGUGAAGGACGUUCUUGGAUUUGCAGAUUUGACAAUUGGUACUGGAGAGGUUGAUCUGGGGACUCUCAAAGACACUGUCCCUACAGACAGGGUAGUGGUCUUGGAAGGAGGUUGGGGAUUGUUCAGAAAGAGAUCUUAUGGAGAGAUACUACUUCGACUGACAUACAAGGCAUAUGUUGAAGAUGAAGAAGAUGACACAACUAAGGCUGGAUUGAGUGAGGCUGAUGUUUCAGAUGAUGAAUUGUCUGAUUCCGAUGAAUCAGAUGUCACAUAUGAGCAGGGUGUAAUGGAAUCUACAGAAGAAACAGAUAGAGAGUCAUUUAUGAAUGUUCUAGCAGCUCUGAUUGUAAGUGAAGAAUUUCAAGGCAUAGUGUCAUCUGAACCAGGCAUUUCCAAACUUUCAGAAAGCAUCUCAGGAACAGGGCCUUUGGCAUCAAGGUCACGCAAUGUUAAUAAUGAAUCUGUACCCUCAAAUUCUGAUCAAAGCUCUGAAGUGCCUGGGGGAUCAGGCUUACUAUGGUUUGCCGCCAUCACCAGUACAUUAGUUCUAAUUGCUCUCAGUAUGACUGGCUCAAGCUUAUUCAACCCUUGACACCAUUAGCUAGAGUUUUUGUUAGACUUUAAAGCAUCUCUACAAUCAGGUUUUGAAUGCAAAUUUCAUAGCAGCUUAAGAAUCGUAUUCAUUUUUGGGGUUUUCUUACUCCACAUGCCAUUAUGUAUAUCCAUAGUGAUUAGCAGAGAAAUGUUCUGUCAGCGGCAGGAUUUUAUUUUAUAAUUUUUCUGGCUUCAUUUUAUCCGAGCCAUUAUUACAACAAUGUUUACCAUGAUCAAAUAAAAUUCGUCCAAUUCU